AGGGUAAACGGUAAAGAAAGGAAAAGAAAGGGUUUUGGGAGCCGACAGGAAGAAGCACGUGCGGGUGUCCCAACCCCAAUUGAAAGCAUGGACUAGAGAAGGAGAGCUUCCCCGUUCAAAAACAAGUGUAUAUUGAGAGAGAGAUUCUUGUACUGGUUACAGAUGGCGUGCCACGGCUUAACAGGAAUCCAUUGCCCGUCGGCGAUGAGUGAUUGAUGCAGAUUGCUUCAUUUUAUCCUCCGGACUCAAGGCUGCGCUCCCUCGGACCAGGAAGCCCGGUGCAUGAAAUGUGGUCUGUAGAGAUGAACAAGAAUGGAGCGCCCGCGCUCUCCUCUACUUCAUCAUCGUCUUCUUCGACGCUUCAUUCACCCCCGAGGUCGAACAGGAAAACCAUGGAGGAUGUUUGGAGGGACCUGAACCUGACUCUCCUUCCUCGCGAUGAAGGGCCCAAGGGAUUCAGAGAAAUGAUCCUCCAAGAUUUCUUGACAACCGGCAACGACACACGGCGAGCACAGCAAGACGAGAUCCAUGUCGAACGUCGCGGCGGGCCUCAGAACGUUGCUGCUACUAAUCUCAGUUUGAUCACUGGCUCUGACCUGCAUUACCUUGACUGGCUUAGCUACAAGCCUGCUUCUGCUGUUCAGGAGGAGGAGCAGCAGCGGCCGCCUCACGUUCUUGAACCUGGGGCAGCUGCCCCCUUUGUUGCUCCAGAGAGUGCAGCCGGAUUAGGGCUGUGCAAGAAGAGGUUGCCACCGGAUUGCAGAGAGGAGCAGAGUGUGGACCGGCGCCACAAGCGCAUGAUCAAGAACAGGGAGUCUGCCGCUCGAUCCAGGGCUCGAAAGCAGGCACACCCACUCGCUAUUCACAUAGCUAAUCCCUCCGUAUUUCUUCUCUCUACUUUUAAUUGCAACGACAACAAUAAUAAUGGUGGUAUUAUUUGUUUUCAUGUUAACUUGGGAUGUGCACAGGCUUAUACCAACGAAUUGGAGCUGGAAGUGGCCCAUCUCAUUGAGGAGAAUGCGAGGCUCAGAAAACACCAGUUAACUUUUGCAAACCCAACUGCCGCUUUUCAACAUGGGAAAACGAAGCCUGCCACUCUUCGAAGGUCCACAACUGCGCCAUUUUGAAAGGGCCUAGGAUCAUAUCAUAUAUGAAUGGGAUGGACAUAAAUAGCUUUUCUCAUUCCAUGCUUCCCCCCCUAGGCUUUUCCUCCUCUUUUUCCAACUUAAUGUAUGUAAACAUGUACCCUUUGGUAAAGUUUGAAUGAUGCAAAGAAAGAAAGAGCCUCUCUCUCUGUUUAGCUGCCGCUGUUUCAGAACAAACACAGUUAUUAAUAGAACUGGCGAUUGUGUUC